AUGGGCUUGUUGCAGAAGAUUGUUCGCAAUGAGGCGACCAAGUCGGACCCUCCCGAGAUCUACAAUGCCCGAGUUGUGCUCAUCAGUCUGGUGGCCUGCGGCGGAGCAUUGCUCUUUGGUAUGGACAUGGGCAUCAUCGGGGGCGUCUUGACGAUGGACUCAUUCAAGAAGGAAUACGGACUGAUGGACCAACCGAAAGCUGUCCUCGCCAGUCUAGAGGGAAACGUUGUGUCAGUCAUCCAAGCUGGUGCCUUCGCCGGGGCUUUGCUCUCGAUGUGGCUGGCAAACCGGGUUGGCCGUCGAUUUUCCCUCAUCAUCGCCUCUAUCCUAGUCUUUAUUGGCGUUGCGUUGCAGGCAGCUGCUAGUGGACAUAUUGAGGCCAUGUACGUUGGCAGGCUCGUUGCUGGUGUGGCCAUUGGUAUCGCAUCUUCAGUCAACCCGCUCUACGUCUCGGAGAAUGCGCCUCGUGGCAUUCGAGGUCUUCUCACGGGUCUUUACCAGCUGAGUAUUGUGACUGGUCUGACGCUAGCUUUCUGGAUCAACUAUGGCUCUCUCCUCCACAUCAAGGGUCAUAGCCAGUACAUCAUCCCCCUCUCCCUACAAGCCUUCCCCGCCGUCAUCCUCCUCGUGGGCAUGCUCCUCGCAAACGAGUCACCCCGCUUCCUCGCCCAGCGCCACCCCGACAAAGCCCUCGCCGUCCUCGCCAAGCUGCGCAACCUGCCCGCGGACCACCCCUACAUCGUACAAGAGAUGGACGGCAUCUCGAGACAACUGGAGGAGGAGCGCGCCCUGGCGGUGAACGCGUCGUCGUUCUCGCUGUUGAGGGAAGCUUUCACGAUCAAAUCGUACCGCAGGAGGAGUCUUCUCUGCAUCACGCUGAUGAUGUGGUCCAAUCUUACUGGGACGAAUGCCAUGACGUACUACAGCCCGCGAAUUUUUGCCAGCGUUGGGUUGUCCGGGUCUGCUUCUGGGCUUUUUGCGACGGGCGUGUACGGUAUCGUCAAGAUGGUCUCGUGCGCCAUCUUCAUUGUCUUUGUGACGGAUACCCUUGGCAGGAGGAAGAGUCUGCUGUGGACGGGAAUCGUUCAGGGCCUGGCACUAUUCUACGUUGGGUUUUACAUCCGCUUCGAUCCCCCGGUGACGGGGGAUUCUGUGAGCGCGCCGGGAUACGUUGCACUCGUUGCCAUCUACAUCUUUGCAGCAGUUUAUCAAUUCGGCUGGGGACCCGUCGUCUGGACCUACUCCUCCGAGAUCCCUCCCGCCCGCCUCCGAGCCCUGAUGAUGGGCAUGGCCACGGCGAGCCAGUGGCUCUUCAACUUCGUCGUAGCGAAAGCGACGCCGAGCAUGUUUGCCACUCUGGGGACCAAUGGAUUCGGCACGUACUUUGUCUACGGCACCUUCUGCUUCAUCAUGGUGGUCUUUGCAUUCUUCUUCGUCCCCGAGACGGCUGGUGUUGCGCUGGAGCAGAUGGACGAGCUGUUCGAGAAGGACUCGCUCAGGGACAAGCUCUUGUUUAGAAAGGGGCCGCGGCUGAGUUCGAGAGAAGAUGCGGCGGAUGAGGGUGUGCUUGACAAGAAGAAUGCUGAGCACGUGGAAGUGGCAUAG